CUGCGGGGACGUCACAGAGACUACGUCCAGGUUUUAGACAGUCUGCGGUGGUUGCUGAUACGUUGUAUAAAUGUUGAUUAAAUGUUUUAAAUGACUGUUUUGAAUGAAUUUUUGUUGGUUGUUUGAACGUUGUGUGGAUGUUUUUCUGUGCUUGUGUGCAGAUAUAUUUACCGUGUCUCUCACAUAGACACACACACACACACACACACACACACACACACACACACACACACUCUGUCAGUCAGCUGUGAUCAUCUGGCUUCAGUCCUUCGUCUAUUUUUACUCGUCGUCCUCUCAGCUGCGUCUCCUCUCAGACAGCUCGACAGUGUGAGCAGGACGGCCACGACCAGGAGAUUUGACUGUCAGCGUCUAAAGAACAAGAAGGUCCGAACAAACUAGAUCCCAGCUGUGGGUCCAGACUGAACCUGACUGGACGGGUUCUGGUCUCAGAGCAGUCUGGACAAAGAGGACAAUAAAAGGAGCAGAACAAUCAGUGUCUGACCUGAGAAGAUCUCUUUAAAGAAAAGGUAGAGACCAUCCCAGAAGAAGAGACAAAGACGGAAAGCAGAGAACUUUCUGGAUUGAAUCUUUCCUGAUGACGCCCGGAGACACUGAGGAGACAUGUGGAGGACUAAAGGAGGCUGAGGGGAGGACCGGAGGAGGAGGAGGUGGAGGUGGGAACAUGAAGCUCUCUUUCACCACUCUCAGCACAAUCGCCAUCCAGGCCGGCCAAUCACAGAUCGUCGUCUCUGUUCUCAAGAGUGGGUCUGUGGUUCACCUCCAGCUGGUCCAGGUCCAUCCGGGCCUCUGUGAGAUCGGAUCGAACCAGGAGGAAAACCAGACCCUGAUCCAGGAACAACAGCAGCUGAUGGAGAAACUGAAGAAACACGAGGAGGAAGUUCUGUCCGUGGUGGAGAAGAGCCGACGGAUGGAGCAGAGGAAGAGGAGGGAUGAAGGGAUGGUGAUGAUGAUGAUGAUGGCGCAGAAGAAGAGCAAGAAACAAGAGGAAGAGGACGGACUGCAGGAGGCCAUGGUGGCGUCUCUGAACGAGGGAUGGUCGCUGCUCCUCCGCCUGCUCGAGAGACGACAGGAAGUCCUGAAGCUGGCUUCAGAGUUUUACUGCCGAGCACUGGAGUUUGCUGUCAGCAUCAACAGACUUGAGGAUCUACAGAUCAGACCAGACAUCGACAGACUGGCUGAAGUGCAGCUGACGUUCGACUCUGUGAGGAGAGAUCUUCUGGGGAAAUCUCUGCAGGUUUUAACCAGCAGCAGCGUUCUCCUGCAGAAACUCAGACAGCUGCAGAGGACUGAGGCCCUCCAGAGGAGAGGAGGAGGACUGCAGGACGAGGAGGAGGACGACGAAGAGGUGGAGAGUUCCCGGUGCAGCAGGGGGAUGGCGUUGAGGUUGGAGGAGCUGGUGGAGACGCUGCAGGAUCGGAGGAGGAGGGCGGACCAGGCUGUCAGGCUACAGCUCCAACAGGAGGUCCACAAGAAAGACCAAGAGUCCAGAUGGGCCGGUUCUGAAGACUGGAGUCUCACAGAGGAGAAGAUCCCAGACCAGAUCCCGCAGUCUGGAUCCAAAUCAGAGCAGACUAGAGAUCUGCAAUCUGGAUUAAGAUUAGAACUAAAGCCUGAAACUAGAGCAGACAAGACCAGAAACCUGCAGCCUGAAUCCACAUCAGCAGAGAGCACAGACCUGAAGUCAGAUUCAAGAACACAUGAAACCAAAGACUUACAGACUGGAUCUGGAUCAGAUGUGCAGCCUGGAUCUAGAUCAGAAGAGACUAGAGAUUUGCUAUCUGGAUUCAGAUUAGAGCUAAAGUCUGGAUCUAGAACAGAGAAGACCAGAAACCUACCAUCAGACCUAAAGUCAGAUUCCAGACCACAAGAGAACAGAGACCUGCAUUCUGGAUCCAGAUCAGAUGUGAUGCCUGGAUCUAGAUCAGAGGAGUCCAGAGACCUGAAGUCUGAAUCCACAUCAGCAGAGAGCACAGACCUGAAGUCAGAUUCCAGAACUAAAGAAAAAGACUUACAGACAGGAUCCAGAUCAGAUGUGAAGGCUGGAUCUAGAUCAGAGGAGACUAAAGAGCAGUCUGGAUUCGGAUUAGAUCUUAAAUCUGGAUCUAAAGCAGACAAGACUAAAAACGUGAAGUCUGGAUCUGGAUCAGCAGAGAGCACAGACGUGAAGUCAGAUGUAAUAACAACCAAAGAACUGCAGCCUGAAUCCAUAUUGAAACCUGGAUCUAGAUCAGAGGAGACUCAAGGUCUGCAAUCUGGAUCCAAAUCAGUUCUACAGUCUGGAUUCAGAUUAGAGAUGAAGCCUGGAUCUAGAUCAGAGGAGACCGGAAACCUGCAGUCCGAAUCCACAUCAUCAGAGAGCACAGACCUGAAGUCAGAUUCAAGAACUGAAGAAACCAAAGACCUGCAGUCUGGAUCCAGAUUAGAGGAGACUGGAGUUCUACAAUUUAGAUUCAAGCCUGGGUUCAGAUUAGAGCUAAAGUCCGGAUCUAGAUCAGCAGAAACCAGAAACCUGAAGUCUGAAUCCACAUCAGCAGAGAACACAGACCUGAAGUCAGAUUCCAGAACUAAAGAAAAAGACUUACAGACAGGAUCCAGAUCAAAUAUGAAGUCUGGAUCUAGAUCAGAGGAGACUAGAGUCCUGCAGUCUGGAUUCAAGUCAGAUCUGCAGCCUGCAUUCAGAUUAGAUGUGAGACCUGGAUCUCGAUCAGAGAUAAAGGCUGGAUCUAGAUCAGAGGAGUCCAGAGACCUGAAGUCUGAAACCACAUCAGCAGAGAUCACAGACCUGAAGUCAGAUUCCAGAACACAUGAAACCAAAAACCUGCAGCCUGAAUCCAGAUCAGAUGUGAAGGCUGGAUCUAGAUCAGAGGAGACUAAAGGAUUAGAUCUUAAAUCUGGAUCUAAAGCAGACAAGACUAAAAACGUGAAGUCUGGAUCUGGAUCAGCAGAGAGCACAGACGUGAAGUCAGAUGUAAUAACAACCAAAGAACUGCAGCCUGAAUCCAUAUUGAAACCUGGAUCUAGAUCAGAGGAGACUCAAGGUCUGCAAUCUGGAUCCAAAUCAGUUCUACAGUCUGGAUUCAGAUUAGAGAUGAAGCCUGGAUCUAGAUCAGAGGAGACCGGAAACCUGCAGUCCGAAUCCACAUCAUCAGAGAGCACAGACCUGAAGUCAGAUUCAAGAACUGAAGAGACCAAAAACAUGCAGUCUGGAUCUGGAUUAGAUGUGAAGCCUGAAACCAGAUCAGAUGUGAUGCCUGGAGAUCAGAGAUCAGAGGAGAACAAAGGUCUACAAUCUGGAUCCAAAUUAGAUCUGAAGCAUGGAUUCAGUUUAGGACUAAAAUCUGAAUCAAGAUCAGCAGAAACCAGAAACCUGCAGUCUGAAUCCACAUCAGCAGAGAGCACAGUCCUGAAGUCAAAUGCAAGAACUAAAGAAAAAGACUUACAGACAGGAUCCAGAUUAAAUAUGAAGCCUGGAUCUAGAUCAGAGGAGACUAGAGUCCUGCAAUCUGGAUUCAAGUCAGAUCUACAGCCUGCAUUCAGAUUAGAUGUGAGACCUGGAUCUAGAUCAGAGAUAAAGGCUGGAUCUAGAUCAGAGGAGUCCAGAGACCUGAAGUCUGAAACCACAUCAGCAGAGAUCACAGACCUGAAGUCAAAUGCAAGAACUAAAGAGAGCACAGACCUGCAGCCUGGAUCUAAAUCAGAGGAGACCAAAGAUCUGCAAUCUGGAUCCAAAUUAGAUCUGAAGCAUGGAUUCAGUUUAGGACUAAAGUCUGGAUCUAGAUCAGAGGAAACUGGAGUUCUACAAUCUAGAUUCAAGUCUAAACUACACCCUGGAUUCAUAUUAGAGCAAAAGUCUGGAUCUGGAUCAGAGGAGACCAGAAACCUGCAAUCCACAUCAGCAGAGAUCACAGACCUGAAGUCAGAUUCCAGAACACAUGAAACCAAAAACCUGCAGCCUGUAUCCAGAUCAGAUGUGGAGCCUGGAUCUAGAUCAGAGGAGACUAAAGAGCAGUCUGGAUUCGGAUUAGAUCUUAAAUCUGGAUCUAAAGCAGACAAGACUAAAAACGUGAAGUCUGGAUCUGGAUCAGCAGAGAGCACAGACGUGAAGUCAGAUGUAAUAACAACCAAAGAACUGCAGCCUGAAUCCAUAUUGAAACCUGGAUCUAGAUCAGAGGAGACUCAAGGUCUGCAAUCUGGAUCCAAAUCAGUUCUACAGUCUGGAUUCAGAUUAGAGAUGAAGCCUGGAUCUAGAUCAGAGGAGACCGGAAACCUGCAGUCCGAAUCCACAUCAUCAGAGAGCACAGACCUGAAGUCAGAUUCAAGAACUGAAGAGACCAAAAACAUGCAGUCUGGAUCUGGAUUAGAUGUGAAGCCUGAAACCAGAUCAGAUGUGAGGCCUAGGGAUCAGAGAUCAGAGGAGAACAAAGGUCUACAAUCUGGAUCCAAAUUAGAUCUGAAGCAUGGAUUCAGAUUAGGACUAAAAUCUGAAUCAAGAUCAGAGGAGACUAGAGUCCUGCAAUCUGGAUUCAAGUCAGAUCUACAGCCUGCAUUCAGAUUAGAUGUGAGACUAGGAUCUAGAUCAGAGAUAAAGCCUGGAUCUAGAUCUGAGGAAACCAAAGACCUGAAGUCUGAAACCACAUCAGCAGAGAUCACAGACCUGAAGUCAAAUGCAAGAACUAAAGAAACCAAAGAUCUGCAGCCUGGAUCCAAAUUAGAUCUGAAGCAUGGAUUCAGUUUAGGACUAAAGUCUGGAUCUAGAUCAGAGGAAACUGGAGUUCUACAAUCUGGAUCCAAGUCUGAUCUACAGCCUGCAUUCAGAUUAGAUGUGAGACCUGGAUCUAGACCAGAGGAGUCCAGAGACCUUCAGUCAGGAUCUCGAUCAGAGGCCGAACACGUCAGUCUGUCUGAACGCAGCAGGAAACAGGAAGUGAGCAGCAGCUAUGAAACAGAUGACCACGCCCACCAAACCCUCCUGACCAAUCAGAGGCAACAGCUGCUGUCGUCAUGUGAACAACUCGUGGACAAGAUGUGGAGGUGGGUGCAGCAGGGCAGCAGCGUGUUGUCUAACAGCUCUGAGGCAGGAGGACAGCUCUCUGACGCUGAGAAGACUCUGAACACACACCUACAGCUGCGCACACAAGCUGAGUCUGCAGGUCACGAUGCGGAGAGCAUGAAGCAGAUCCUGGAUCAGAUCAGAGCUCUGCACGCUGAUUCAGGUCCACGUCCUCCAGGUGAACCCGGCACUCAGCUGUCCCCCCUGAAGGCUCUGACAGAGCAGCUGAAGAGAGGAAGCAAACAGACCAGAACCGGUGCUGGUCCUAGUCCACCCGGUCCACCUGCUGCUGACCCGACUGCUUCACUCAGUCCUGAACUCGCCACUCGGGUUGAUCUGGUCCUGAAGGAGCUGCAGAGUCUGAACAUGAAGAUCGAUUCAAACCUGCAGCUGCUGCAACCCUACGUCAGUUUCCUGAGGACGGCUCAGCAGGUGGAGGAGGAGAUGGAAGAACUGAGGGAGGUCUACAUCAGGAGGCCAGAGGAGGAGGAGGAAGAUGAAGAUGAUGAAGAGGAGGAAGAAGAGGAAGAGGAAGACGAGGAGGACGAGGAGGAAGAGGAGGACGAGGAGGACUCUGGCAGUAGUAACCUCAGGACAGAGGCGAGGUCUUCAGUGAAGCAGGACGACGCCUGCUGGCAGGAAACGCUGCAGAAACUCCUCGACGCUCAGGAACUGGGGAACAACUACGUCAACACUGUUUCCACGGCGUCGGGGGCGGGGUUAAACCGGCAGUCCGCGGUGUCGGCAGUGAGGCGGACGCUGCAGCGACUCAGCAGAACCAAACAGGAAGUGAACGAGCUGCUGAGUCAGCAGCGAGUCCAGAUCCAGCAGCAGCAGGAGUACUGCAGGAAGUACCAGGAGAGACUGCUCAAGACCGUGCAGGACUUCACUUGUGUCUCUGAGCUGCUGGACUCUUGCACUCUGAUGGAUCUGGGUUCAGACUUGCAGACCUCCAGGCUGCUGGACCACUUCAGACAGGCCAGGCCACAUUUUACGCAACUAGACGCUGAGGUGGACUACAUGGAGAAGAGCUGGGAGACUCUGAGAGGAGUCCAGGAGACGUUGGGUGUGAAGCAGUUGGAGGUGACAGCAGUGAAGGUGGAGGAUCUGUCAGAACUGCUGGAGCUCCAGAAGAAAGUGAAGAACAAGAUUCAUCAGAGCGAGUCGAUCCUGGACCUGACCAGCAGCUUCCACCUCACAUCCCAACAGCUGGAGGCCGAGCUUCAGGCAGACUCUGGUCUAACUGGAUCCAGUGAGGCCGAGCUGAGUCGGCACAGAGAAGAACAGCAACAGAUCCAGAAUCUGUUUAAGACGGCUUCAAAACUGAAGACGGACAUCUGCACCGCCGUCAACCACAGUGGUUGGACGUGUUUCCGGGUGGAGCAGCUGGAGGCUCGUCUUCUCUCUCUGGACUCUCUCUGCGUCUCGUGGCUGAACGAAGCGUCUCGACGUGAAGACAAACUCCGCAGAGAGCUGCUGACGAGUCGACUCAACGAGGACAUCAACCAGCUUCGUGACUCCUUUAAGGAGCUGAAGAAGCGCUUCAGCAACCUGAAGUUUAACUACCUGAAGAGAAACGACAGAACCAGGAACACGAAGGCUGUCAGGAACCAGCUGCAGCAGGUGGAGAUGUACAAGGAGAAACUGCAGGUGCUCAGGAAACGUCUGCAGGGCGUGACAGCCCGGCUGGGGUCAGAGGUCAAGGACGGGGGCGUGACCCGGGAGGUUGAGGACGCCGUGAACGAGCUGCAGAGACAGAUGGGAGAUUUUGAACGAAGUGUCAGCGAACACCAAAAAACACUGGAGAUGACCCGCAGGCUGCAGCAAGCCAUGGAGGAGUAUCAGUUCUGGUGCGAGGAGGCCAGCGCGACCAUCGCUCGCGUCGGGAAGUUUUCCUCUGAGUGUCGCAGCACAGAAGCCGUCUCCGUUCUCUACCGACAGUUUGAGAAGUUUGUGUGGCCGACUGUUCCUCAGCAGGAGGAGAGGAUCAGUCAGAUCGCUGAGCUGGCCGUCAGACUGCACGGGGCGGAGGAGGGGCGGAGGUACAUCGAGAAGACGGUCAGCAAACACUCAGAGAUGGUGGAGUCCAUCAAAGAGCUGAGUGAUGGACUGAUGAAGUUAGAGGCCAAACUGAAGCUGGAGAGUCUGAAAAAGCAGAACGAUGGAGAGAAAAAAGUGGAAGGAGAGACGGAGAGAAGGAGCGAGAACGAGACCGAAGACAAAGACGAAGACGACGAGAAGAAGUUGAAGGAAAACAGAAAGAUGAAAAAGAAAGAGCCGAUGGAUAACCGCAGCUCACAGGAGGCGGCUGACAUGUACGAGCUGAAGGAAACAGGACACACCCCCGAGCUGACCGAGCAUGAUGGGAAGGAGGUUCCCGUGAAGAGGCAGAGUGCAGCCAAUAGGAAGCCUCCAUUACAAAAGACAGACAGACAGGUGGACAGACAGCAGCUGUCCUCAUACAGCUCCACCUUCAGCCUCUCCUGCUCCCCAGUGGAGGCCAACCGACGCAUCCACACCAUAAACAGCCAAUCACAGCCUGCCGCUGCCACUGAGCCAGAGGCCACGCCCCAUCCCUCCGCGAUUGGCCCGCUGUUCUCUGACAUUCAGCGCGAGUUUCAGAGGACGGAGACGCUUCAGGAUGCAUCAGCUGGAGGCCUGUCUGAGGUGGAGCUGAUGACGGAGGACUCUCUCUCCAACGACGAAUACGAGUGCGUGUCACCUGACGACAUUUCCCUGCCGCCGCUGGCAGAGACACCGGAGUCCUUCAUGGUCCAAUCAGACGUCGAGGAGGGCUUCUGUUUCAGUUCCCACAGCGUCCACAUCAGUCAGUACAGCCACCAGUACCGUGCCCAGUCAGACCACAGUGGGACUGGUUCUGCCGCAGUCCGACAACAGAGAGAGUCCAGCCAAACAGAGAGCUGCCCAACUCCUCCCACCAGCCAUCACGGCAGCACCAGGUUCAGAUCAGGGUCUAGUUUGUUUGUUCAGAGUCCGUUGACAGUUCCUGCUCCAAGCCACCAAGUCACCAGCAUCAGCAUCCUGAGGGCGACCGAGACAAGUCCAGCCAACAUCCGCCAAAGUGCUGACCCCUCCCCUGAACUGAACUUACCGUCUGCAUAUAAGGACAACAAAGUCCCUGAGAAGAGGAGCCCCUCACAAUCUGAGUCCUCACUGAAGGAGCAGAGGAGGAUAAGUACACAGGGUAGGACCACCCAAAAUGUUGCGUCCAGAGGCGAGACUUUGCCACAGAUUGAUCCCAUUCCCCAGGCUCCAGAAUUCAAUCACAGCCCCUUAAUCCUCCAGCCCUUUAAUGGUCGAGACCCUGAUCUCCACAAGGACAAGACCCCUCAACAAGAAACAACGUUCCCCAAAAGCAACGCUGACUGUUUUCCACAGUCCCUACCUGACUUGGAGAGUCGCCUCAAUCACGACUUAAAUUCCUCCCAAACUAGCAGAGAAACAUCUUUAGUCUCCAAACCUGAAAGUAACUGUACCUUUACCCAGCAGACCAUUUACCUUCAGUCAUCCUCUUCAAACAGUCAAUGCACCUUGCCACCAGCUAGCAGCAGCCUUAGUUCAACCCAAGAAAGUUUGUUACCCCAGACUGAGACCCUGCCACAGCUAGAUCCAGUCUCCAAGGUCAGAAAAGACAAAGACAGGACCCAAGAACCCGGGUUCCUUAAAUCCUGUGCAACUUGCCCACAAACCAGCACAGCCAUCGCUAAAGACAGCAAUCUUCUACGGUCUUGCCCAGGUUCCAGGAGCGGCCUCGAUCUGGAUGCAGCUUCCUCCCAAACCAGCAAAGACUGCAUGUCCCAAAGCAGCCGCCCAUGCACAGCCACAAAGAGUAUCAGUGUCAGUGUCAGCAGUAGAAAUCUCAGGUCACAACAAGGAAGCGCCUCCUCCCCCCAGGGUAACGGAGGUCCACCUGAGGCCCAUGCCCCCAUUCCUCCAGAGCCAAACAGCUCCAGUAGUAAUAGACUCAGCAGCAAGCAGAGCCACCAGACAGUCUACUUGACCUCCACCUGCAGUACCCAGCAGUGUGUGCAUGGCCCUGGCAUGACCCCCAGCAACCCUGCCAAGCCCACUGCUCCUUCUCAGCCAGAAUCACAGACCCAAGCUUUGGCUCAGCAGGCUAAUCUGCAUGUCAUCCCCCUUUCCUCUCCAUCUCAUCUACUAACUCCAGACCAAGACCCAAACAUUUGUCAACCCAUGGCCAUCCGUGAAGAGAUCAGGCUUACUCCUCAGAUCCAAGGCCCCCCCUUUCCUGCUCCACCUCCCCAGGCAGAGUCUCUUCCCCAGGGAAAAGCCUCUAAACCUGGCCCUCCCUGCUUCACCCGGCCCCUGUCUAGAGCUACCGUCAUGGAGGGCUCUCCAGUGACGCUGGAGGUGGCGGUGACGGAACACCCAGAGCCCAGGCUCACCUGGUUUAACCAUGAAGAGGUGUCAGCCACCGGCCCGAGCCGAGGGCUGACCGGCCAGGACAGGAAACACGAUGAGCGACCGGUGGCCGGUAACGGCUGCAGCGGCAGCGGUGAUACGUGGCUGGUGGCCGAAGUGUUUGACAUCAUCAGUGCGGACUGGCAGACCUGGUUUGGGACGCUGUGUGUUCUGCUGUGGCUGCUCUGCCUGAUAGUACUCUGAUUACUCGUGUACGGGAACGUAACGACCUGAACUGAUCAGAACCUGUGAGAUCAGGGUUCAAACUUUUCUCUUGUGGUUCCACUGUGACAACCUUCCCAUACUUAACAGACAGCUAAUGUUCCUGUAGCGUUGACAGAACGUUCCAGAACAAACAUAUCAUCAGUUUGAAGUGAACUAAAGCUCCCUGCGCUGUCCCUUUAAGAAAUCUGACACCUGAACAACUCAUUACGUGUCCGUAACAACAGGUAAAGGACGUCACAUGACGUCACAUGACCACAGACUGACUGCAUCAGUACAAUCCACAAAGACAAACUGUAACGUUACUGACAAAUGAAAACUCUGCACACGCUUUCCAUGGAAAAUAAAAUAAACCAAACAUGAAACAUGCAGAUGUCUGAAUUAGACACACACACACACACACACACACACACACACACACACACACUCCAAACACACCCUGUCAAUCCAGAGUUUCUCAAUCUUUGGGUCCAGACCCCAGUGAGGGCACGCUGGUGUUCGGACGAGGACACACACGUUGUAUUCACGUUUUGUUUGAAAUAUUCUGAAUGUAUUAAAAAUACAAACAGGUCAUAAAUAUACACGACGCACGGUGAUGGAUUUGUUUAAACGUCGUGAAGAGAAAUCUGUGUUCAGUUUAUUGUGGUGUGUUUAUUAUAUGAGCUUUGACCUUUUCCACGUGUCCGUAAACGGAAGCUAACGGAAAGUUUGAGGAUGACAACAUUUUAAUAACAGACGAUAGACACAAUUUAAACUUUGUGUGAACAAAAUAUGAAAAUUAAACUCAUAACAAACACAAUUUUAAGAUUUUAAGAAAGUUAAAUUAUUAUUUAAUUAUUAUAAUUGAUGUAGAAACAAACACAGAUAGAACAAUGAGAAUAAUAAUGUUUGUACAAGUACACGUAGUAAAUUAUGAGAUAAAUCAUAUUCUCAUAAUUUUGAGUUCAGAUGGUCAGAUGACAGUUUCAACUUAAAAAGUGAAACUGGCAGAAAUGGGCUUCAAUAUUAGCCUUAGACUCGUCUGAUGCUUUUAUUCUGAAAAUCAUCGAUAACAGCAGGCGAUUAUAAAACUGAUUUCACAGUGUUUCUUUAAGGUGGUUUAAGUUUAAGGUGGUCUGAUCACGUCUUGUUUUGAUUUUUUGUCUGUAAAAAAAUAAAGA